AUGGCGAGUUCUAGUUCUAGAUCCGAACAAACUAGUACAGAUCUUUCCAGUUUGUAUGAAGCGAUAAAAUCAGGGGAUAUUGAUUCCCUGAAACAACUACUGGUGAUAACAGCUCCGAAAUCGGAUGAGUUCGACGUUGAUAACCAUCUUCUCCGCCAAACCCAUUUCAACAACAAUUCCCUACACGUUGCCGUGCAGCUAUCAGAAUCAGUAACCUUAGUGGAAGAAAUAUUUAAGCAAUGUGGUUCAUCAAAAUCGUUGGAGAUGUUAAUGCAACAGAACAUGAACGGAGAUACUCCCUUGCAUAUAGCAGUAAGGAUGGGGUCAACUGAAAUAAUCUCGCUUUUUAUUAAUCUCGCAGGCCCAGAUUCUCAUGCGCUCCAUCAUUAUAAUCAAAGGGGAGAUGAAGAUUCUGUCAAUGAUGUCGAAAAGGGCGUAAUAAUGACUGAAUUGGUACCGGCAGCUGAUAAUGGUGCAACUAAAAUGAAUGUGGAGCAACUUGUGAGCAUUGCAAACAAAAUGAAUAAUACGGCGCUUCACGAGGCACUGCACUAUCAAGCCAACUCUGGGAUACCGCAGUUGUUGAUAAGGGCAGACCCAGGUUUUGAUUAUCUUGCCAACGAUUUUGGCGAGACUCCACUUUACCUUGCGAUCAAGUUCGGAACUGCCGAACUUGUGGAACAUAUACUCGAGAUUCGUCCAUCUCAAAGUUAUGGUGCCUCGGGUGGACGUACAGUGUUACAUGCACUAGCAAUGCGAAAUUCCUACUCCGACUUUCAAGGGGCUCAUUCAAAAUUGGUUUAUCCUUUGAGACAUAUAGUGAAAGAAGUCGAUAUAAAUGGGUGUACGGCACUUCAUUAUGCAGUACAUUGCAAUAACGCUGAGUUCAUCGAUGUGGUGUUGAAACUCGAUCCAUCUGUUUGUUACAUGUCUGAUAAAGAUGGCAUGACAGCUCUCCAUUACGCUGCUGCAAAAGAUGCUCAAAGUUGGGAGUCUGACGAAGUACUUUCUAACGAUGUAAUGAAAAUUAUGCUUCGACAUUGCAUGGAUUGCUGUGAAGUGCUAGACAAUGAAGGAAGAAAUUUUCUUCAUCUUGCAGCUCAAAAUAAUAAUUCCCAUGUACUCAAUUUCGUUCUAAAAGAGAUUAGCUCAGAUUUGACCGUGUACGCAAUCUUAAGAAAGAAAAAUAAAAACGGAGAUACACCUGCUGCAAUGAGCAAUGUGUUCUAUGAAAUUCUCGAAUCUAACGCCAGAAUGCAGCGGAUCGGGAGAGACUGGUUCAGGGGUGAGGGGUACAACUUUAAGUACCUCGAGAAUGAUCUUAACAUACAGAGAAACAAAUAUGGAAAAACAGCUGAAAAAACCGAAGCUGAAGAGGCAGCUGAGACUAAAGAAGCAGAUAAAAUGAUGAGAGAACAAAUGGAGUAUUAUAACCAAACCCUUCUGGUGGUGGCAGCACUCAUAGCAACUGUUGCAUUUGCAGCUAAUUUUACAUUACCUGGAGGUUACAACGACAAAAAACCAGACGAAGGCAUGGCCUUACUAGCUGAUAAACCGUCUUUUAUAGUGUUUAUAGUUUCUAACAGUCUGGCCAUGGUUCUCUCUGCUGUGGCAAUUUUAAUCCAAUUUGUGGGCAAAAUGUUAUCAAUGUGGCUGAAAGACCCUGAAUACAAGAAAACAAUCCUACUUACAAGGACACUUCUCUGCAAUCUGCUUGCUAUCCUCGCAAUGAUGGUAGCAUUUGUGACUGGAAACUAUACAGUGUUAAGCCACUUGCCUGGACUUGCAAUUCCUGUUUGUACUCUUGGUAGCAUCUUCUUCGCUUUGGCAUUCUUUGUGAUCCACAAGAUAUCGAAAUGGAUGAAAGAAGAUGAUGUAAAUUGGAAAUAA